AUGUCUCGGGGUACUGGAUCAAAUGUAGGAUCCAAUUACUCCAAUUAUGGCACUGCAAGUGCAUGGACAUCAUCAGCAUUUUCUGAGCGUUAUGAGAAAAUUCGAAAUACAGAUUAUUACUCAGAUGAUUAUUACUACAGCUAUUCCGAAGAUGAAGAAAGAAGUGCACCAAAGAGAAGAAUCAACAAUCGUCGCCAUCAACGUUCAAUUAAUAAUUAUUCAUCAUCAAAUUUUCAAUACGAUUACUCAGAUAGUUACAAUUAUUCAUCGGAAGAUGACAAAUAUCCUGGAGUUGAAGUCGACAAUGAUAAAAAAGCUCCCGGAAAAAAUUAUUAUAUUCCUACAAGGCAAACAGCUCACAUUAUUCCAAAAGAGAUAUCGAUUCCAGUUUCAUCAUCUAACAGGCAAAUCCGAGUUCGAUCACAAUCAAUUGAUUUCACAUCUCCAAGUACAAUUCCUCUUCCACCUCCACGCUCAAGGACUCCAUUAAAUAUUAACAUUCCUCUUAAAGGAUCACUUGAAUCAAUGACUGAAGAAGUUAAUAACAGCAGCAACAACAGUCAGAUCCAAAAGUCUAGACGGACUAUUAAGACAUCGUCAUCCUUUGAUCCUUCAUCAAUUCACAACAGUAUUCUUUCACGUCCAAUUGAACUCUCAGAGAUCCCUACAGAAGACGAGCUCCAAGAAGAAGAUCCGAUCAAUCAAGAAGUCGACUCAUCCUUACUUCUUCAAAUGCAACUUAGUGACAUAUCUAAGUUUUUAGAGAAUCCUGUAUCCAUUCCAAAGCAUAAAUCUUCAUCACAGUCUGCGAUUACAUCAAAAGCAGGCAAACUGUCAUUAGACUACUCGACAAGAUACGAAAAGACCAAUGAUCACGAAAUACUUUCAGAGCAACCUGUUUUAAAGGGAAACAUCAAAACAGCACUUUCCUUACCAAGAUCUCAACCUUCAGCAAAGCCACUCGAUGUCAUUGAGAAAGAAAGUAUCUUAAGUCGACCUGGCUUAUCAGUUGAUCUAUCACAUUCAUCUGGUUUGCAGGUUCGUACUAAAUCUGUUCCUAACAUUUUUGAUGAUCAUUACUCUGAUAUGAAAAUUGAAGCACCAGGUGGUAAUCAAACACUUGAACUCCGAUGGAGCCAAAAUAAUCAACCAACAAAACAAAAGAAACUUUAUGCAGGUGUCUUGCAAACAUCUCUUUCUGUUUCUAAGCCAGGAAUGGAUAAAGGAGUUUACUACGAAAACGAAGAAGCCAAUCCAUUCCCUGAAUAUCCUAUUGAUGGCCCAACAGUUGAGAAACCAAAAGGCCUUGAAGAUGGCAUAAUCCAUGAAGUAACAGAAGUUGAUGCAGAAGGUAAAGAACGUAAUACUAAAUAUAUUACAAUCAAAACAUCGGAAAGUACAAGGCCAACUGCUCCUAUUCAAAUUGUUCGUGCAGGAAACGUUCCUUCUAGCCAAUGCAUUGUUCAAAAGAACAUUUACCCAGUUGAAACACUUAGAGAUCUUCGUAAAGGUGUCACAAACAUAAAUACAUUAUCAUCGAUCUCAGUUAUCCAAAAAUCACCUGGUUUCAAACUCUUACAACUUUUACAUCACGAAAUGUUGUAUCCUGAAAUUUACGCUGAAGAAAAAGGCAAAGAUAAAGAUAAAGGAAAAUCUACUCCAAUUCUUACAGCACAGCAACGUUUGGAGGAGCAGAAGCAACGCAAACAACAGCUUAUCCAAGAGCAAGAGCGUGCUAAGCGAGAAGCAGCUGCGGAAGCAUAUCGGAAGCGUAAUCCAAAAGACAAUCCAGACGUUUUCAUUCCUACCAAGUCUCUCAAAACUCAGGGUCAAUGGAACGAGAACUCAGAUGAAGCAUUCCGCUUCCAGAUCAAGAUGGCAUACAACAGGCUUACAUUCAAGACACUUCACAUGACAGAUGAAGAACUUACUCCUCUACUUACAACAGACGAAAGAAUCAACUUUGCUGUUGAGACAUUCACUACUAAAGCCAUUAACGAGCAGUCAUUUGCUCCAGCAUAUGCCAAGUUCACUGCUAUUUGCAGCAGCGAUAAAUUCCGAGAGACAGUUGUUCGCGAGAUCAUCACUAAGUUCUUUGAGUACAUCAGCAAUCCAGGCCAGGAAGAGCGAGAGAGCGACGUGAACAACUGCAAUGGUACUGCUGCCUUCUUCGGUUGUCUUCUUGCAGUUAAUGCAAUGGCGGAGGCAAAUGGUCACACUGCUAUCAACUCUCUUUUCGAGAAAGUCGAGAAGAACCCUCCUCAUUCCACACACAUCGAGAUGCUUCAUCACUUCGUUGUGAAUGCUGGUGCAAACUUCAUCAUCAAAGUUAAUCCACAAAUGUGGCGUCGUCUUGAUGUUGUUGCACAAUCUAAACUUCUUAAGCCUCGUUUCCAGUUCAUGAUCUACGAAAUUGUUGAAGUUAAGAACAAAUACAUCAAGAAAGGCAUUGAACAACUUGAUGAGCUUGACAUUAAAGAAAUCAAAGAAGAGACAAUUAACACAGUUCGUGGUGCAUUCGAUGACUACAAGACUAACGAUUUCGAACUCCCAGUUCUUAUCAUCGAAGCACCGGACUUUUUCCAGGCAGCUCUUCAGCUUAUAAUCGACUUUCCCAACGACUUGUUCACAUUCCUUCGAUUCAUCGUUGACGUCAUGCGCGAUAAGAAAGCAUACGCCGACGACAUCGUUCAAAUCAUGGAACACCAAGUUUCGGAGUUCAAAGAGAACGACGUCAUCAGUGAUUUCAGAGGUCUUUGGACAGCUCUUUCUGACUUGUCUAUCAUGUUUCUUCUUAAUGGUAUCAUCGGUUACGCAGAGGCAGACGAUAUCCACCGCAUGUUCUCAGAUAAAGCAUGGGACUGCAUGAACGACAUUAAGUGGUGGCUUUUCGACAACUGGGACUUCUCCGAAUCUCUUCAAGCUCCUGGUGUGCGUGAUGACGAGAUAAACUUGAUUGUCAAGAUGCCUAAGAUUAUAUUCGACAAAGAAGUCAAAAUAACAUAUAUGUCACGUAUGAUUUGUAUCUCUAUUUUCCGUACUAUAUUUACUCGUAUGGAGAAAGAUGGAAAAAGAAGUUUAAAAGAUGUUCCUAAACAUCUUCAUAAACUUCUUCGUUUGUGUGUUUCUAUGCAAGAAAACGCAUCGCUCGACGAGAUGAAUGCUAUCUUACACAUCACAAACGGAUUCUUCACAUUCACUCUUGAUGAUUUCAUCAAGAAAUACAAGAAAUAA